CUUUCACAACAUCAAGAUGGCGGCGUCCAUACGGGUGUGCUGUGCCCUCCGAAUUACGCUGGGAGGGGUAGCACCACUUUGGACAGCAGGGGGCGCCCUGCCUCUCUCUCACCUAGCCAGACCCACUGCCUCUCUAUGGACUGCUACCCCACCAGCCCCUGCUACCUGGAUACAGACCAGACAUAGCAGCUUCUUCAACAAACUGACAGCAGAGGAGCUUUGGAGGGGAGUUCUGGCAGAGACUGGUGCCGGUGCUCGAAAGGGCCGAGGGAAGAGGACCAAGAGGAAGAUGAAGAAGGAUCUGAACCGAGGCCAGAACAUCGGAGAGGGGCGCGGGGGGUUCCUGUGGCCGGGGUUGAACUCGCCCAUCCUGAAGAGCGGGACCAUACAGAGCAUGUCUCGCCGCGGGGAGUCAGAGCAACAGGAACUGCAGGCAGAGCUUCUGCGACAGCGCGACGAAUGGGAUCGCAGGAGGAAGAUGAGGGUGAAGAGGGAGCGAGGGUGGACUGGCAACUCCUGGGGCGGCAUCAGUCUGGGGCCCCCUGACCCUGGACCCAACGGAGAGACUUACGAUGACUUUGACUCCCGAGUGAUCGAGGUGAAGAGCGUGUUCAACAUGACAGCCAAAGAGGGCCGGAAGAGGUCCAUCAGCUGCCUGGUAGCUGUUGGCAAUGGGAACGGGGCAGCAGGUUUUGCCUUGGGUAAAGCGGCAGACCGUCAGACUGCACUGAGAAAGGCAAAGAACCGAGCAGUGCACUAUUUGUACUACAUUGAGAGAUACAACGACCACACUAUUUACCAUGAUAUCAAUUCCACUUUCAAGAGGACCACCCUACUCAUGAAGAAACAGCAUAAAGGUUACGGACUACACUGUCACCGCGCGGUCAUCACCAUCUGUAAGCUGAUUGGUGUAGAGGACAUGUACGCCAAGGUAGAGGGCUCCGUCAACCUGCUUAACAUCACCAGGGCUCUGUUCACCGGACUGGCUAAUCAGGAGACCCACCAGUCCCUGGCUGAAAAGAAGCAGCUCCACGUGGUAGAGUUUCAGCCGGAGCGCGGGCCCCUGCCCCUCAUCGUGGCCACCCCUAAGAAGGGUGUGCGACCCGACCCUGAACCUGAGGAGGAGAUCCCCAACACACGGCUCAACUGGGACGACGUCCGUGCCUCUCAGGGAAUGAAACGCUCCGUCUGGGCCGGGGUCAAGAGGACCAUCUGGUGACCACAACACAACCAUAACAGUGGACCGGUUGAGAUAGGUUGGGGCGAUGUUUGGCUGGGUUCGGGUUGAGAGUGUUACUAGGAAGGAAGCCUGUCUCUCAGGCAUCAUAAGACUCGUAAGAUUGGACCCCAGUGGAAAUAACAUCAUCAAACCGAGACAUUUACUGUAUGCAUAUGUAUAGCAUCAUGACUUAGUAUUUCACCAAAGGUUGUGAAAUUCGCCCAAAAGAGUUUCACAUCUAAACAGUUUAACUCAACCAAUGGAUUAUAUAUUUUUUGCACUGUAAGAAUAGUGUUGUUUCAAAAUCACUUGUUCAUGUGACAUUGCUGAAAAUCUGAGCUGUCUAAUUAAACAUUGAAACUCUC